AUGCACCUCCAGCCAGAAGAUGACGACAAGACCAAGCACGCCUCGAACGGCGCCUCGGACAAGGACGCCCACGAGAUCAACGACUUCUACGGCCACAAUAGACAAGAAGUGACGCGCAUCAUCAUCCAGAGCCUGUCGGACCUAGGCUACCAAUCCACCGCCAACCAACUGAGUCAAGAGAGUGGCUUCGAGCUCGAGGUACCGAAUGUGGCCGCCUUCCGCACUGCAGUACAGAGUGGCAACUGGGUCGAGGCCGAAGCCUUGCUGUUCGGAAGCAGUGGUCGAGAGGGUCUACCGUUAUGCGAAGGAGCCAAGAGGGACGACAUGGUGUUUCUGAUGCGCCAACAAAAGUACCUCGAGCUACUCGAACUAAGGGACCUCUCCAAGGCCUUGAUGGUCCUCCGACAAGAGUUGACGCCUCUGCAUCAUGAUGUUUCUCGUCUGCACGCUCUAUCCAGUCUGAUCAUGUGUCGUGGAGCCGACGACUUGAGGCAACAAGCGAGAUGGGAUGGCGCCAACGGCAGCUCGAGAAAGGACCUCUUGUCCGAACUGUCGAGGUCAAUCUCGCCCUCCGUCAUGAUUCCCGAACACCGUCUCGCCGUCCUCCUAGAUCAUGUCCAACAGCAGCACAUCGACCAGUGUUUGUAUCACAACACUACACAACCACCUUCACUAUUACAUGACCACGUCUGCGAACGCGAACAGUUCCCCUUGCACAUCUUCCACGAGUUGCAACAUCAUUCGGAUGAAGUCUGGCAUCUCGAGUUCUCCCACAAUGGUUCAAUGCUAGCUACCGCUUCCAAAGACAACACUGUUGUCAUCUACGAUACCACUUCGUGGAUGCCCAUCUGCCGUCUCGGUCAGCAAAAAAAGAACGACCAAGAUACUGGCGUCUGCUAUGUUUCUUGGAGUCCGGACGAUACCUAUAUUCUCACCUGCUCCCAGUCCAGAGAGCUUGCCAUCCAUCAAGCUCGCACAGGUACCCGGGUGGGCCUUGUCGAUCACUUCCACUACCCUGUCACCACUGCUGCAUGGGCUCCUGACGGCCAAAGCUUCGUCGUUGGUUCUCAAGACUCCAGAAGGCCUCUCGCUCUCUUCCAGCUAUCUGACCUGUCCAUACUGCAUUCGUGGAUCAGCCAUGAUGCUCAGAGUCUCCGCGUCAAUGACUGUGCCAUCUCGGCCGACGGAUCAAGGCUUGUCGCUAUAAGCAACGACAACCGUGUCAUCGUCUACGACUUCAAGACUCGUCUAAAAGUCCAAGAGUGGGUCAUGGAGGACAGACUAACUUGUGUCAGUCUCAGUCGCGAUGGCAAAUCGCUGCUCGUCAGUAUGAACGAAGGUCGUCUGGUACUUCUUAACUUGGACACUGGCGAAGUCUUGCAACGCUACACCGGCUUGACCCAAAGUGAAUUCGUUAUUAGAAGUGGUUUUGGUGGUGCCGGUGAGAACUUUGUCAUUAGCGGCAGCGAAGAUUCACGAGUCUAUGUCUGGCGAAAACAUACCGGUCAGCUUGUCGUCGCGCUAGAAGCGCACCCCCCUGGCACCGUCAACUCGGUGGCAUGGCAUCCCACCAACCCAGCCAUAUUCGCUUCUGCUGGCGAUGACAGAAGAGUCAGGAUAUGGUCAAAUCGACCCACCGACCGUCGUCGUUCAUCCUUUAUGGCUUCUAUUCCUUAG